AUGGCUUUCUUGAAUUUAAAUUCAUUCGAUGUCUCCUGUUCGAGUACUCAAGUGCAAGUGCCAGAUAACAGCAUAGCGAAAUUAAUGUACUACCUUGACUGUUUAUGCACACUGGUCGAAUAUGACGAAUCUGCUCUGAAUCGCCUUCGUGAUUUUAGAAACUACGAUGAUUUAAGUGAAGCUGAAAUUCGUCUUCUGUAUGUCACUUGUGUUACUCUGGAUCCUGAUGAUUUCAUUGGGAAAAUACUGUUUGAAGACCAAGAUGGUGACUUGUGUGGUGCAUCCCUCAAUCGAAUGUUUGAUAUAGGUAAUGUUCGACGAAGUUUGGUAGUAGCUGAUUCCAUCGUUCUCGCUGGUCGAACUCGUCAAGUGACAAAAGUUAUGGUAUAUCGACCAGAAUGGUUGAAUAAAUUUUAUACAAGGCCGAUUGCUCAACUAACAGCUAUCUUGAAUCGUGAGCGUCAACAACAAGCGAUCCAUAAUCUACUGAACACAUGCAAUAUAUCUUAA